AUGGCAGCAAAUGAAGAUAUUAAUGUAUGCUAUGGAGUGGUGGAUUGCCAUGCUACCUGUAAAUUAGAGCCGCCAAUUGCUCGUUUAGGAAACUGCCUAGCAGCGAAUAAUAAUACGGAAGCGAUUUGCUGUUUAGCUGAUAAUAAUGUUGUCGUAUUGUUGCAACUUUACCAAAACAAAACUGAGCCUGCAACUGGAAAUGAUGGUGUUACAUCAAGUAAACCUGAAAUUGAGCUGCAGCGAAAGCUUCAAGUUCAAGAUGAAGAAUUGGAAUGUCACUGCAUGUCGACCGAUGAAAAGAUUAUUGGUAUUGCAGGACGAUCUGUUCACCUCUUUACUUCAUUAUUAAAUUGUAUCAAUGGUGAAGAAAUUAACUUAAGUUAUGUUCCUAAGAGUAUAGCUAUAACUUGCCUAGAUAAGGUAUAUAAUAUGGCGAUUGCAGGGUCUAAUGGGGUCGAUAUUUAUAUUUUAAAUUUCACUAACCAUAAAUUAGUUACACGAAGUGUCAUAAAUUUACAUACUGGAUUAGCCAUUGCCGUUGUAGAAUACUCAAGAGGCGGUCACUACUUGGCUGUCGCCACCAUGGAUGGCCAUCUUGGUAUCUGGAGGAACAGCACUCAAGAUACCUUUAACACAAGCAAGGAUUUUUGGUACGCUCAGCUUAAAAGUAUUAGAAUAACAAGUCUCAAGUUUUCACCUGAACAAAAUAUGGUUGCUGUAGGUUGUUGGGAUCAAAACGUAUAUUUAUAUCAGUUGGAAAGUACAGAGCCGUUUUGUUGGGUACAGAAAAAGUUAGAAUUCAAUACUGGGGCAUCUAAAGUUGUAAAUAGUCGACUCCCUGGAAUGUUUGUGCAAUGGUCAAAUUUUGGAACAUUCUUGAUUGUAACCACAGCUCAGGGUAAUGUAACAACUAUCAUAAUCUAUAAUGUUGAAAAGAAAUUCUCCAGAGAAGUUGCUACGGGAGACACCAUAAAAGGAAUUAUAACUGGUAUUGAUAAUUUACGCAACGAAUAUAUUUUGUAUUAUACACGACAAAAGACUUUACGACUAAUUUAUCUAUGA